AUGCGCCAGGGCAUUCCGGCUGGCUAUGUCAAUGCUCUGGAGAAACGGCUCGCCGAGACAGAAAGAGCUCUGUUCUUCACUUUCGCUGACGCGAAUGCCGAGGCUAGGGAUCGCGAUACCGCGACAUCGCGGCCUGCUUUUAGGCAAUCGGUGCUCUCCAGACCCACUCCCACGACGCAGCAAGAGAAGGCAGAACUCAUGACUCUUUGGAGCAAGAGUCCGCUCGGUGAGCGCGCUGAGGUGGAGGCUUGGUUCGUGGCAAACCGAGAGGAAGAUACGCUUCCGGUAGACAUGAAUUUUGGCCAGAGUCGCGUCGUGAGAGAACUUGAUGCCGUCGCUCCCGUCACACCUCCCACGGAGGGCUCACACAACAUUGGCAGCCUUGCAGGCCAGACACUUGAUGAUGGCCAGCUACGAGGUCCCAUGUCCACGCCAGUAGGAGGUCAACAAAGCGGUCAAUCGGAUUCGCCGCAAUCGAGCAUGCGCCCCUGUCGCAAUGGGCGACUUCCGAGCGCAAUGAGCGUGUCUGCAAGCCCGGACAAUUACGAGGGCGACUGGUCCCAGACAGAGCCACGUUCUCCCGCCGAACGUGCCACCAAAAGGAGACGCACCGCCUCGUUCCGCCAUCAUGAGAACCAGGAGACGGGCUUGAUGAGAGAUGGCGGCAACCCGGGACUGCCUCGGUUUGUGGGCAGCAGCAGCGGCAUACAUUUCGUCAGGACAGUCUACGGGAUUCUUUCCCGCAGCAGCGGCCAGCAACUCAGCGUUUCCCAGCUGGUGCCGGGUGAAGACGACCAGCUUGACGAUGCUCGUGAGUCUGUUGGGGCGAAUCCGGCUACUCCGGGGACAGGCGCCCGUGCUCCUUUCUGGCGAUCGGACGAGGUGGUACCAAGUGGAAAUCCCAUGGUCUCCAAUGUCACAUUCGAAGCCUUGAUAGCUUGGACAAAGAGCUAUUUCGAGAUCUGGCAUCCAGUCUUUCCCUUCUUGCACGGCCCCGAGGUGGUGGAGAUUCUGGAGCAGGUCGCCAGCAACGGCCUCGAGAGUCUUUCUGCCCAGGAUUCAGCUAUAGUGCGAGCAAUAGUCUCUAUUUCCUUGGCAGACACCCGUCAGCUAGGCACGGCCAACGCUUCAGGCACGGGGCCGGUUCCUCUAGACCUCCUUUUCUACAGUCUUGAUCAUGUAGCGUCAUCUCUUCACUUCAUUUUAGGAACUCCAGCAUCACUCAAGAACAUGCAGGCCGCCCUUUGCGUCGAGCUCUUUCUGGUCUCUAUGCUCAAGCUGAAUAUGGCCUCUAGGGUAGGUGGUAUACUCGUCAGGAUGGCAUACCAUCUAGGCCUGCACAGGUGUCCUAGGCGAUACCAGAACUUCAACUCGCACGAGGUGUCGAUGAGGAAACGUAUAUGGUGGUCUUUCUACUGCUUAGAAAGGCUGGUCUGCCAGGCUCUGGGCCUACCGCUUGAUGUUCAAGAUGACGACAUUGACGUGUGUUUCCCACAUGAUGUCGAGUACCAUCAAGCAGCAGGGAGUGAAGACGAGUCGCACAAAGACGAGUCCAGAGCGGUAAUGGUCUGGCCUCUCCUGACGUGGUCGGUAUGGAUGAGCUGUUUCAUUCUCAGUUAUGCUGCACUUGAAGGCGUGACCAGUAUCUCGUCUGCGCUGAGCUCUCCCUUGGCUCCCCAGCAGUCAGAGGUCACACAGUCGUACGGUGUCCUGCCAGCGCCUAUGGGAUGGAACACAGGGGUGACUACGACUCCAUAUAUAAUGCCGGAAGAACCCACCGCUUUCAUGGACUUGAGUGAGCAGGACUGGUGGGACCCCCUCGGCGCGCUGGACUUUUCAAAUUUCGCACAAGCUGGUAGCGCAGACUCCACGACAGGAUUCGGAUUUUACUGA